AUGCUGCGGAAUUUGCGAUCGUACCUCUUGGUCGCUCUUCUGAUAGCGCUGUACGCGCUCAGCAAAUUUACGAAGAUCACAGAUGGACUGGAAAAAUACUACGAAAUGGCCGAGGAGGCGGAAAAAAACGCAAAUAAAGCAGAAUAUAUCCCUGAACCCAAUCAUCCCAAAUCAAGUCAUCACGGAGGAUCCCACAAGCACGGAUCUUCCAGUAGCCCUGGAGUGGCAGAUCCGUACGACUUUUCAAAAAGCAAAUGGCUCCCGUCAAAGACAAACUGUGCUGCUCCUCCAACGGGGAUGAUCUUUUUGAAAAAGCACAAAACGGCUUCUACAACUUUUAGACACAUGUUGACAAAAUAUGCGCGAUUCAAAGGUCUUCCAUCAGUGGGAGAGCCGCAGUUAAUCGGCCCGCAAGGAGGGUGCUACCCAGCCCGUUUUGACGAACGAUGCUGGCCAGCAACCGGGCACAUGUCUCCAAUCGUUGCCUUGACCUACCAUUUUCGCUGGAACAUGGACCUCUUUGAGGAAAAAUUUCUAACAUCCGGAGUUGCCUCAGUAACAACCAUUCGCGAUCCAGAAACCACCUUCAGAAGUGUUUAUAACUACUACUACUUGAAUCACGCUGGAAAAGUUUCAAAAUGCGACAUGCCCUGUUGGGGCGAGCCCUUCCGAUCGUUCAAUAAUGGCCGCGAGGACCUUCCAGUCGGCGAAUUUCUCGACAAUCUCCCAAAGCUUUUCAAUGCCUCCGAAACACGGAAUUUCAGAAGCAAGAACUAUCAGGCUUUUGAAAUGGGAAUGGAUCACUUGAACGAUAACACAGCCUAUAUUUUGAGAAAUCUGAAGCGCCUUGAUCAGCAUAACUUUGAUUUCGUCGUACUCACGGAAUACUACUACGAAAGCUUAGUAUUGCUUGCCAAGCUCUUUUGCCUCCCUUACGAGGUUCUGUACGAGCCGCAGUUGAACAAGCGCGAGUACGAAAUUGAGCCCUUGACUCCUACUCAGAAGAAGAACUUCGAAACUUACUUCAAAGCUGAUAUCAUGCUCUACGACUAUUUCAACAAAUCGCUUCAUCAUAAAAUUGAAGAUUAUGGCCGAGAAAAAUUUCAUCAAGAAGUUGAGAAGCUCAAGGCUGUUUAUGAAAAAUGUGAGGAAGAUGUCAAACACUGCUUAUGGAAGAAAGCACCAAGGAUGAACCCUGAAGAUCUCAAGAUCACUGCAGUACCAGGCGAAAAAAUGAAGGUGCAGGACUUCAUCGACCUCAUGGACGAAAACUUCGGAUGGUGCUCGAACCCAUUUAAUCCAUACACUCAGCUAAAACUUUGGCAAAAAACGGGAAAGAUGACGUACGGGGACGAGUGCAAUUACAAACAAGACAUUUUGAAUAACUUCGAAUUGUGA